AUGGUCGCGUGGAACGAGUUUGAUGAAGCGAAUGGAUCAGAGAAUGAUCCUCCCUCUGAUUAUGCUAGUGAACAGCAGUUAUUCGUGGUAAUGGGAAUGGCUAUGGGAGGCGUUGACCUGGAGCAUUAUCAGAUGAAGGACGAAAACCAGGUGAUGUCGGUGUUGCUACAAAUUGCCGUCUCUCUGGUUGUCGCUGAAGAACGGCUUCAAUUCGAACACCGCGAUCUGCACAUUGGAAACGCCCUAGUCUCAGAAAGCAAAGAUGACAUAGAGUAA